AAUUUCCUCUCUGCGCUGGGACCCCCGUUAUCUCUCCUGCAGUAUCGCACCAUCCUCGAAAUUUCCCUCCUCUCUUCUUCUUCUUCUUAUGAUCCAAGCAAAAGCCACUCCGUUUAUUUACAACACCAACAACAACAACAAAAACGAAGUCAGUAGUUGAUCGGACAAUUUCAAUCUCUAUUAACAAACAAAUAAAUAAUCAUGAGUGCUAAGGUACAAGGGACGAGAACACGAGUAGGAAAGUACGAGUUAGGGAAGACCAUAGGUGAAGGCAGCUUUGCCAAGGUCAAGGUCGCUAAAAAUGUUGAAACCGGUGAUGUUGUUGCCAUUAAAAUUCUCGAUCGUGAGCAAGUCCUCCGUCACAAGAUGGUCGAGCAGUUAAAAAGAGAAAUAUCAACAAUGAAGCUGAUUAAACAUCCCAAUGUCAUCAAGAUUUUUGAGGUCAUGGCAAGCAAAACUAAGAUUUACAUUGUUAUCGAGUUUGUUGACGGAGGAGAGCUCUUUGAUACGAUUGCUAAGCAUGGGAGACUUAGAGAGGAUGAAGCCAGGAGAUAUUUCCAGCAGCUUAUUAAUGCCGUGGAUUACUGCCACAGUAGAGGCGUUUUCCAUAGAGAUCUGAAGCCUGAGAACCUUCUUCUUGAUUCACACGGUGUUCUUAAAGUUUCGGAUUUUGGAUUGAGUGCACUGUCACAACAAUUGCAGGGUGAUGGGCUGCUUCACACUGCCUGUGGAACACCGAAUUAUGUCGCACCUGAGGUUCUCAAAGACAAAGGUUAUGAUGGCACAGCAUCUGAUGUAUGGUCUUGUGGGGUCAUUCUCUAUGUACUUAUGGCUGGAUACUUGCCUUUUGAUGAGACAAGUCUUAUGGCCUUAUACUUAAAAAUUUGCAGUGCUGAUUUCACAUUUCCAUCUUGGUUUUCAUCUGGUGCAAAGAAACUGAUAAAGCGUAUUCUUGACCCAGAGCCUCUUACAAGGAUAACAGUUGCUGAGAUUAUAGAAGAUGAAUGGUUCAAGCAAGGAUACAGGCCACCACAAUUCGAGCAGGAAGAGCAUGUAAAUGUAGAUGAUGUUGAUGCUGUUUUUAAUGAUUCGAAGGAACAUCUUGUUACAGAAAAGAAGAAGAAACCUGCGUCGAUGAAUGCAUUCGAGCUUAUUUCUAAGACACAGGGAUUUAGCCUUGAGAAUUUGUUCGGGAAGCAGGCAGGUGUUGUGAAACGAGAAACCCGUAUUGCUUCUCAUAGCCCCGCAAAUGAAAUUAUGUCUAGAAUUGAGGAAGCUGCAAAGCCUCUGGGGUUUAAUGUCGACAAACGAAACUACAAGAUGAAGCUGAAAGGAGACAAAGGUGGGAGGAAGGGCCAACUCUCUGUAGCAACUGAGGUGUUUGAGGUAGCUCCCUCUUUGCACAUGGUGGAGCUCCGGAAAAUUGGUGGUGAUACGCUGGAGUUUCACAAUUUCUACAAGAGUUUCUCGUCAGGUUUAAAGGAUGUAGUCUGGAAAUCUGAUCAAACUAUAGAAGGAUUAAGGUCAUAGCAGAACCUUUCCUGCUGGUUCCAGUCCUUUACUCAUUCUUGGUAUUUGUUUUAGCCAUUGCGCAUUAUAUUUGAGAGUGUAUGCAAUGUAAAAGUUUUGAUCGGUUGGCGUGGUGGUAGGGAGAAUUGGAACUGGAGCUCCCAAAAGAUGGACCCCUGUUCGUGCAACGCCCCCCCGCCCCCACCGGCAAUUCAUCCUUUUCCCUCUUCUCUUUUGCUAGCUCUGCAUUCAUUUCUUGACCUGAAUAAAUCGAGGUUUUCCAAUUUGAUGAUGGUCCAUUCAAUGGGAGAAACCCCCCAUUUGGAACGGAAGAAUUUAAAAGAUGGCUCUUGUGAGUUCCAAGAGGUUCUAUUCAAUGGAAUUUAAUGAAAUCUCUCACCGGACCUGUUAC